CUAGCUAGCUUCUUAGUACUUAAAACCUCGCACUGCGACACUCUGACUUCGUUCUCAUCUUUCUCAAUUUUCAUUAAAGAAGAAAUGGCUUGGCGCUCUUCUGGAUCUCUAUCUCGCGCGCUCAUUUCCUCUGUUAGGUUUUCUUCUCUCCGAUCGUCUCCUUCUCUUCCUCGGCUUCGCCUGCCACCUCUCACCGCUCGACCUCGCCUUCAAUCUCGUCGGCUUGCAUUUUCGACUUCCAGGAAUUUGGGAGAACUGGGAUGCACACAGUCUCUUCUGCCCAUGCACAGCAUCAUGGGUGCUACCUGCCUGACAUCACACCUCUGUGUUGGCGCACGGGCUUUCUGCGAGCUUUCUCAUGGUACUUGAGUGAUCUCCAGUAGAAGCACACAUGUGAGCAAUUCUAUGUGGGGUGAAGUUGGGUAGAGAGAGUGUGUGUGAGAUAGAGAGAGUUUCUGGUAACUUCAUUUGGUAGGUGGAUGUAAUAACAAAAUAUUUCUAGCUGUUCAGGGAAUUCAUCCUAUUUCUCCACACAGUACUCGGUUUGCUUAUUGAUUCCCUAAAAUUAUCAAUUGCUCAUCAUCUGACCUUCACCAAUCAGAGUCGAGCGUGUCACCGUUUGAAGGGAACAGUUCAAAUCACGUAUCCAAUAAUCGACACGAAGUAGAAUCAUGUGGGAGCGCAAUAGCAACAGGCACAUGGGAUUGCCGAAGCCGAUUUGAUUGACACUAACAUAUCAUGUUUAUAAAGCCAGGUUUAUGGUUUAUGGUUUAUGGUUUUAUUUGGUCCACAAUGUAAUGUAAUUCAUGUAUGGCUGCUUGCAGGUGCACUUGGAGAUCUUUAUUGAUUUCUACGGCCCAUAACCUCAGCCUACUAGCUGGUGGUGUUGUUUCCUACAUAUGGACUGGCCCCCUCCUGCUUCCUCUGAUAAAAACUUGUCAGGAAACCCAAAAUACUACCUGCUAUUCAACAAUGGGGACCUUCAAACCCCAUCACUUAUUCUUCCCCCCACCCUCCAUAAGGAACUUGAUUGGAAAUGGUAACAGAGUAAGGACAGAAAUGGUCUCUCCAGUCUCGAUCUAUGACCCCAUCUAAGGUUUUAAUGUUCAUUUGCAGCAACGAGUCUUGGAAAACGGGCUGAGUUUGAAGAUUCCUCCUUAAGGAUUCAGGUUUUUCUUCAAACAAUUUUUUGAUUAUUUCCUCUUAGCUACAAUUCUUUUACCUUAGAAGUAACUGAACUUUUAGCUACAACGUUAAAAGCUGAUUUUUUUGGGCUAAUUGAUAUUCAUAGUGGAAGGGUUAAGUCAGUGGCAGGAAGAAUGGAGAGAUUUUUCAAUCUCAAAUGAGUGGUUGUCAGGCUUUCUUUAAAAUGCCUUAGUUGAUGCCUCAUGAUUCAACCUUUUCAGGUUUUUUCUUUUUGACAGUCUUCUGAGGCAAGUCUCCCUACAUUGCCUUUUAUUUCACAUUCACUUUCACAUGUGAAGGUUUUCAUAAUCUAUUCUCCCACUAUUUACAUUUGCUUAAGAAUAUCUAUACUAUAUUUCAAUUUUUUGUCAUGAACAAUGCUGUCAUCCAGAGAAAACAACUCACACAAGUUCUAGUCAAUUCACUCUUAAGACACAAAAUAAAGCAACGAGCAAAUCGAACAGAAUUAGACAACAUUAGUUAAGUUCAUGAAGGGUAAAGAUCCAAAUGUCCUCUUCCCCUUUCUCUUCGCACCAGGAGACAGGAAGAGAAAGAUCCUGUCUUAGCCUAGCCUAAAGUUUUGCAGACAAGAUCACAUGAAAUGAGGACCCGAAGGAAAUCGCUUGGUUGUAGAGAUAUGUGUUGCCAACAUCAGCCUUGGAAAAGAAUCCCACAAAAGUAGUUUUAAAAGUGAUUCGGUUUACUUGUGUUGGAUAAGAAGUGUACUCCUUCGAUGCAUUGGAGGGACAAUUCAAACAGCUUGUUAGAUUGUGAUUGAUAUUGAUGUUGCGUUUUGUACAACUUUCAAUCAUGUAUUUUCUCAAAAGUUUCCCAAAAACAAGUUUUGUGUAAGGUUGGUAUAGGGCUCCUAAAGAUGUGGCUAAGAAGGUAGCAAUACAAAGACAAAAGAAGAAUCAACAUUAUCUCGAGUUUGAAUAUUGACCAAUCUUUCAUUACGCAA